UUAUAGUAGAAAAAUGAAAAUGAAUAUUGAAGUUAUGAUCCGAUUUUCGUCAAAUCUACCUCUAAAUACCAUAUUUGAAACGUUAUUUCAGCAAAAAUAUUUAUUUAUUUGAUUGAAGGAUCAAUUGAAACGGUACAAAUAGGUAUGGCAUCAAGAAAUAUGCCAUCUACUAAUAAACGAAAAAGAGGCAAAAAUGAAGACCUAGAUGCAGAGAAAUGCAAAAAAUCAAAACUAGAACCUGGUGGAAAUUCUGCUAAAAGUACAGCCGAAAAUAACAAUAGAUUUUUAAAUGGACUUCAUAUACUUAUUAUAUCUGCUGGGAUACAGAAGUUUCGUUUUGAUAUAUUCAAGAAGCAAAUCAUAAAAUAUGGCGGAAUAUAUAUGGAAAAAUUUACUGAUGAGACAUCUCAUAUUAUUGUUGAUGAAAAAAUGGAACUUGACCGUUUAUGUAGAAUUCUAAAAUGGGACAGCAUCCCAACAGGCGUUAAAAUUAUCAAAUCACUAUGGCUCAGCGGAUGUCUGAAAGACAAUAAUUUAAAUAGCUCGGCUAAUUUUGAACUAGACAACCAAGAAUUUAGAGUACAAUCAGUAAAAAAUGAUUUACUAAAUGACAAUGUGAAAGUUGAACCAUCAACAUCCAAUUAUUCACCCAAGAAUGAGCACUCCCCAACAAAGGAUCAUUCCCCAAAGAAGGAUCAUUCGUCAAAGAAGGCUGCCUAUUCUGAUGCAGAUAGUGACUAUGACGAGGCUAACGAUAGGGCUCUGCCAGCUAGUCCAAAAGGACACAAGCAUAUUCCAACAGAGAAAUGGGUUUGUUCUGCUGCUUCAAGCGACAAAAAGAAAGAAAUCCCAAAUAAAAAUGUGAUUGCAAAACUAGAGGAAAUGGCAAAAAACUACAAGAAUAGUGCAGAUAAGUGGAGGUCAUUUGGCUACCAGAAGGCCAUUGCUGCACUGAAAACAUACAAUAAAGAAAUCACUACAUAUGAGGAUGCAGUUGCAUUACGAGGAGUUGGUAAAAAACUUGCAGAUAAAAUCUGGGAGAUCAUACAAACAGGCGAGCUUCGGAAGCUGAAUGAGAUAUCUUCGACAGAUGAAGCAAAAACCACCAAUAUGUUUUCUGACAUAUGGGGGGUUGGCGCUACAACUGCUAGACUUUGGUACACUCAGGGACACAGGACAUUGGCUAACUUAGAAAAGAAUGCCAACCUGAACAGACAACAGAAGGUUGGACUUAGACUCUAUGAUGAUCUCAAAGAGAGGAUGACAAGAGAAGAAGCAGGAAAGAUUGAGCAAUAUGUGAAAGAAACAGCCCAGAAAAUCAACCCAGGCCUAAUAGCAAUGGCUUGUGGCUCAUAUAGAAGAGGAAAGCAAACAUGUGGCGAUGUUGAUGUAUUAGUGACACACCCAGAUGGCAAAUCCCAUAAAGGGGUCUUCCAAAAACUCUUACAUGGCUUGCAUGAAACAGGGUUCCUGACUGAUGACCUUGUCACUCAAGAUGACCAUAGUACCCAGCAGAAGUACUUGGGAGUUUGUAAGCUUCCAGAAGAAGGUUCACAGCAUAGACGACUCGACAUCAUUGUAGUUCCUCAUAAUGAACUGGCCUGUGCUCUGAUGUACUUCACUGGCUCCGCCCACUUUAACCGCUCAUGUAGAAACCUUGCCAUAGCAAAAGGGAUGUCAUUAUCUGAACAUUCCUUAAACACUGGAGUAAUAAGAUCACACGGGGAGAAGAUUAAUAAAGGCACCCCUUUACCCACUCCCACAGAGGAGAGUGUAUUUGAGCUGCUUGGAAUACCAUACCGCUCACCCCAGGAGAGAGACCACUGAGCAGGGCCAUGAGCCGAGAGGGUGGUUUACCAAAUUGAUGGGUUGCCUAGUUUGCCAAGUGGAGGCACAAAUUGGCCUAAUUAAGGCCUUGUGGAAUUGAGAGUUCCCUAAUGGAUUAUUGAUUGAUGUAUAUGUGU